GAAAUGGAAAGCAAACAAGAAAAACAACGGUACCUUGAAAUAUUUAUAUGCAAUGAAGCAAAACGUAACCAAGACAUAUGACGGGAACUGGUCUUGCGAGAUACUCACUUUAAGAGACAACCAAGAUGUCUCAAACAUAGUGAUAGUGGAUAACAGCACGUAUAGACAAACUUUCUGCCGUGCGAGAGUACACAUACAAACACCACCACCGGAGCCAGUAACUCCUAAUACAAAGGAGGAUGAAAAAGAGGAAAAAUUCCCUGAUAUGUACAUAUACAUAAUCGUCGGGGUCGUGGUUGCCGUUAUAAUCAUAACGCAAACAGCUGUAAUACUGUAUUUGAAGGGUAAAGCAAAAAGGACUGCCAGACUGGAGAGCUUGUCCCUCAGGGCCCAGGAUCAGGACGACAGCUCAAGUAAGAACUGAUGCGAACGCCUGUGUUCACAAACAUUACUAUGAGG